GAAGAAUCCUAUACAUGAACCUUUACCCAAGCCAGAGCUAAAUCAUUCUUGGAUGGAUACCGAGCAUCGGGUCAUCUUGAACGUCGGCGGCAUACGACACGAGACCUAUACACAUGUAUUGAAAAAGAUUCCAGCCACAAGACUAUCUAGGUUAACGCCAAAUCUUGCCAAUUAUGAUCCAGUAUUGAAUGAGUACUUCUUUGAUCGACAUCCCGGAGUAUUUUCUAUGAUUCUGAAUUAUUACAGAACAGGUAAGCUGCAUUAUCCAACUAAUGUAUGUGGACCACUGUUCGAGGAAGAAUUGGAAUUCUGGGGAUUAGACGCUAAUCAGGUUGAGCCAUGCUGUUGGAUGACUUACACUCAACACAGGGACACCCAGGACACCUUGGCUGUCAUAGAGUCGUUAGAUCUUGACGGUGAUCCUCCCACUCAAGAAGAGAUUGCAAAAAAGUUUGGCUGGGAAGAUGAUUAUUAUUCCGGUACGCUAUCGAAAUGGCAGCAAAUCAAGCCAAGGAUAUGGGCGUUAUUCGAUGAGCCAUGGAGUUCACAGUAUGCUAGGAUUAUCUCAUGCUGCUCGGUAUUCUUCAUUCUUGCCUCGACGAUAUCAUUUAUGCUCAAGACACAUCCAUCAUUUCAAAUUCCUCAAAUCACAGUAACCUACGGCAUGCGGAUUUUCGAGAGUGAUGGUAUUGCUAACUUCGCCAAAGCGAUCGGAACUCAUAAGCCAUACACAGCUCCUCACCCUUAUUUCUUCUAUGUGGAUCUCAUCUGCAACUCAUGGUUUACACUAGAAUUGUUGAUUCGUCUGCUAUUUUGUCCAUCAAUGCGACGUUUCCUGCGUUCACCGCUGACGGUGAUAGACGUCAUAUCAACGUCGGCAUUUUAUUUCGAAUGGUUGCUACACGCUAUUCUUAUACAAACUGGGUCUCUAGUCACAAUUGAUUUUCUCUCGAUGAUAUGUGUUUUGCGUUUGUUCAAACUCACACAGCACUUUUCUGGUCUGAAGAUACUCAUACAGACUUUCAAGGCAUCAGCAGAAGAGCUGGCAUUGUUGGUGUUCUUUGUAUUGCUCGCUAUUGUGAUAUUCGCAGCCCUCGUUUACUAUGCCGAAAGAAGUCAACCAAAUCCAGAAAACCAAUUCACCAGUAUACCAUCCGGAUUGUGGUGGAGUCUCAUCACAAUAUCAACUGUUGGUUUUGGUGAUAUGGUCCCUCGAACUUAUCUCGGUAUGGUCGUCGGCUCUUUGUGCGCUCUGAUGGGAGUGCUGACAAUCGCAUUGCCAGUACCCGUCAUCGUUUCCAAUUUUUCCAACCUCUACUCACAUUCUCAAGCUCGUGCCAAGUUACCGAAAAAGCGUCGACGAGUAUUGCAGGUACAGUUGGUCGAUAGAGCUCAUGAAGUGAAGCCAUCGAUGUUGAACGCGAAGCAUUCUCAUGCAAAUAAGCAUCGGAAAAAAUCCUCGUCAUCAUAUACGGGCAACAUGACGCCAAUGAACAAUCUAGGAAGAAAUGGUGGACCUCCAAAUUAUCAACAAAUCAACUUUCAGACCAUUUCAUUGAUCAACAUCUGCUUCGUGGUGCUAUCAAUCGUAUGCUUUUGUUUGAAGACACAUCCCUAUUUACGGAUACCGGACAUCGAUGUCGGCUCAUUGAAUGUUACACAUCCAAGGACCGUAUACGUCGGCAAAACGGCAACCAGGCCUCAUCCGUCAUUUUUCUAUGUGGAACUGGUAUGCAAUAUGUGGUUUUCGGGUGAAUUUCUCUUACGUAUGCUAUUCUGCCCUAAAGUUGGCCCAUUCCUAAAAACUCCUGUUAAUAUUAUUGAUUUCAUCGCAACGAUAUCUUUUUAUAUCGAUUGGGCUCUUGACAGUGCACUGUCGGGAGCGAACAGAGAUUCCGUCGAAUUCUUCUCGAUUAUUCGAAUUCUUCGAUUAUUUAAAUUGACGCAACAUUCAGUAGGCUUGAAAAUACUUAUACAAACGUUUAAGGCAUCGGCACAGGAGCUCUUUCUGUUGGUGUUCUUUGUUUUACUCGGUAUAGUCAUAUUCGCUGCGCUUGUCUACUAUGCUGAACGGGUCGAGGACAACCCUGAAAACCAAUUCGAUUCGAUCCCAGUUGGACUAUCCAAACUGCCCAAAAAGCGACGACGUGUACUGCAACCGCAUGAAAUCAAACCCAUCGUUGGAAGGUCAACGACAGCAGUUCUGCUGAAUUCUCUUGGCCCGAAACCUCCUGGUGUGACGAAUAUCAGCGACGGGAUUGGAACAUUCGCGGCCACACCACUUUUAGUGUGUCCGAAUCCAUGCAAGAACCUACGAAAAAGUCCCUCCAAUAAUGAUGUGAACAAGGCUUCGUAG